UCAUACAACUAGAAAGAUGACACAAGGCACAAGGCAGAAUGCCUUGGAUGGCAAGCUGCAGGUGACCGUGCAGAACAAGCUGAACCGCCUGCGCAACGCCCGACAACAACAAGUGAACGCGCAGCGGGGCGUGAACCUCGGCGGAGGCGUCACCGCGUCCGAGCAUGUCGCGCGUAACCGCGCGUUCGGCAAAGCAGCAGCAGACGACAGGGAAAGGAAGCUUGCUGACCGUCAGCAUCCCAAACCCGCGGCGACCGCAGCGCGGCGGGCGUCGCCGCGCCGAAGCGCGCGCCGCCGGCGGAAACAGAAGCCGAAGCGUCUGUCAGUGCAGCAGGAGGUAGCAGAGAUCCAGAGGUCGAAUCCGCACUACCUGUAUGACAUCGGCGCCGUCCGCCCCGCCGCUAGUGCCCUCUCACUGAACGAUCGCUUUUACAGCCACGGUGCACGCGGCGGCUGGCCCCCGAGCCACAGGGAAGAAGCUUGACUCAAGCGAGGCGUCGUGUUUGUGUGAAGGUCAGACAUCAGCAGGUGUAAUUAGGUUCGUCGGUUGGUGGACGCUAAUUUCUCCAGUAGCUAGACUAGCAAAUACUUCGUGACAUGCAUAAUCCUCAUACACCUUAUGGACAAAAUUAA